CGAUGGGCAUGCCGAUGUCGCGCGUCGACGGCGACGGCCGAAUACGAGGGUUGUCGGGGUCGUACGAGGAUCUGGAGAAGCAUGUCGGUCAAGCAAACGAGUGGGCGAGGCAUUGUCCCAUCGCCGUGCAACUUCGCUUCCGCGUCUUGCUCCGCGAAGACGACGGGGGGUCUGCUUGCGAGUGCAUUCCAUUCACAUGGACUCUCGGCGACGUUGUCAAAGUCCAAGCGAGAAAGCUGCGACGCCACGACGAGAGCACCAUCGACACCCCACAAGACUUAAGCGUCGGCCAGUUCUACUCGAUGUAUUGCUACUUGUCCAACAUCCACGAGUGUGCAUCACGGCGGCCUGCGGCGAUGGCAACCGUUGACGACAAGGGUCAUCGGCUGCGCGAAGAUGAUGCCGACGUCGACACCGAGUGCCAAAUAUGCAUGGAUGCUUCCAACGAGGUCGUGUUGCCAUGUACGCAUAGCUUUUGCCUCGAGUGUUUUCAUUCAUGGCACGCGCGCCACAACACGUGCCCAACAUGCCGCCAGCCUCUUCCUCGGCAACACUCGGACGAGUGCAAGGAACUGUGGACCGUCGCCACCCUCGACCACCACGACUUGGCGGCGUACAUCCAAGACUUGGUCGCCAACGCUCUUCAUGUCCUCGAUCGCUGGUGAUUCCCAGCCGUCCAUUUCACGUCCGUGUAACACACAUGACAUUACAUCGUUCA